AUGCUGCUGCAAGGGCAAAUUCAAUCCUCCGUUGCACCUGCUUCAACCACGUCGGCGUCUGCCACCGCACCUCCUGUUCCUGCAAGUGCUGCGGAGCUUGCAGCUGUGUUGUCAUCCCUGAAAUCUGAUGGCAGUGAAGGUGGCGAAGGCCCUGUCCUGCUGAGACGUGCUGCUGCAAGCCGCCAGCUGGGAGAGGGUGUGGAAGAGGAACUGCGCCUUGCAGAAGAUGCUCUUGACUUGUUCAGAGCUGAGGGUGGUUGCUUGAUGCCAUCGCCGGCACGUGCCACUUCUUCGACAGCCUUACCUUCUGCGUCACACAAUUGGGAGGCAUCAGCUCUUUGUGCCAUUGCUGAAGCACAUUUGGGCAUCGAAGAUCAUCAGAAGGCCUUGGAAGCCGCCGAAGAGGCCUUGUCCCUGUGCCGCUCUCGCUCCUCACGCAGUGGGGAGGCCGAGGCACUGGUCACACAAUUCAAAGCGCAGCUCCUGACCAUCCCUGCAGAACACCUGCGGAGGAUUGUGCGCGAGUUGCUAGCAUUGUGGAGGGAGCUUGGGGCUACAUGGGGCGAAGUUGCGGACAUGUUGGACUCUGCGCAGAGGUGUUGCGCCGGUGGCAUGAAGCUGGAUGAUGCUUUAGCACAGGCUGCUGAUAAGAGAGAGUCAGACCAUCGAUGGGGUUUGGCCCAGGAUCUCUGCACUGGUCUUGUUGCUCACCCAGCACUUCAAGCGAAAGCGAAGCUCGCAAGACUGCUUGAGGACUUGCUCGCGGCAAGCCGAAAUUGCGGUGCGUUGACAACGCACGAUACGCAGGUAUCCGCGGCAGAGGCACUGCUCGAGGCCGGACGUCUCGACGAGGCCCGGCGGAGAGCAGCGCGGCUCGGCGAGGAUUCAUUGGUGACUUCUCGGAGAGACGAGGUCAGGGCGUUGUUGGUUAUCGGCCGUGCUGCCUUGGCUCUUUCAACAAGAAAGGCUGGUGAGGCAUUCCGCGCCGGUGCAAAGGCAGUCGCACGAAGCCGUGAAGUUGGCCAUCGAAGAGGCGAAGCAGAUGCCCUGCACUUCUUGGCGAAAGCGUGCUUGGAGACCGAAGGCAUUGGAACUCCGGAAGAUGCCUUAGAGCUUUGCUCGGAAGCAGGCCGUUUGUACUGCGAUCUUGACGAGCGCCGUGGGGUUAGUACCCUGUUGACAACGUUAUCGCGAGCUCACUUGGCCUGCCAUUCGCCGGAAGAGGCACUACGUGCAGCACGCGACAGCCUGCAAAGCUUGAGAGAGCUUGAAACCGAGCCAGGAGUGACGUCGUCACAGGAUGGCAUUGUGGAUAGGCCGUUCGAGCACAUCGUGCAAGAGGUGCAGGCCCUCCUCUAUUGUGGCAAGGCACAGGUGGCUUUGCAAAGAGGAGUCGAGACUGCCCGGAAGUUUUUGGAAGACGCCUUGAAGCUUCUUGAAGGACUUCGAGGCUCGGUUCGCCAAGGUGGAAGGCUCCCGGUGGCCGCGGAAGCUCAAGAAUCAGAAAUCACUCUUGUCCUGGUAGAAACGGAGAUGGGUGAGCCAGCCAAAGCUGCUGAGAGGGCAGAAGAUGCUCGCAUGAGGUUCCGAAAGGAUGGGCGCAAGGACCUGGAAGCUGCUGCAUUGCAGCUCUUGGCCCGGGCUCACAUUGCCCAAAAAGAGCCGUCGGCAGGAAGAGAAGCAGCCAGAGAGGCAAUCCGUCUCCGGCAGGAGCUGAAUGACCCCAAAGGUGAGAAGGAAACGCUGCAGCUCCUUGUGAGUGCAGAGCUUCUUGGAAACACCGGUUCUGCGAUGCAGAUCGCAAAGCAGGCGGUCGAGCGCUUCAAAAAUGAAGGGGACAGCAGAAAUGAAGCCUUGGCACUGCAGACAGUUGCCAGAACCCACAUUGCCAACCAGGAGUUUCUCAGAGCCGCACGUAUCUCCAAGGAUGCCCAAAGAAUCUUGGGUCAACUUGGGGACACGGACGGCGAGAUGGAGAUGCUGCAGACCGCCGUGGAAGCGCACUUGGCACGUCCAGAAGCAGACGGCAAGGACGAUGCCUUGAAGGUGACUGUAGAAGCUCUGUCUGAGUUUCGUCGUCGCGACAACUUGCGAGGCCAAGCUCUCACAUUGGGAUUGCUCGCACGCGUGUAUCUACAGCUCCCAGACCCAGAAGCUGCAGUUCAUGCUGUCAGGGACGCUGUUGCCUUGUUCAGAGAGCUCGGCGACCGAAAGUCGGAGAUGCUUCUGAUCCGAUCCAUCAUCAACGAAGAUUUGGUGCCCGAGUCCAUUGAAAGUGCAGAUGCUUCGCUUCGGGCAGUGAAGGCCGCAUUGGCAGUUUGUCACCAGGCCGAUGACAAGCGGGGCCAAGCAGUGAUGCUCAAGAUUACCUUCAGGAUCCUCCUUGCCAGAGAGCGGCCCGAGCGGGCUCUUCAGGCAGCCGAGGAGGCGAUGAAGAUGUAUCGCGAACAGGAGGAUCGUGCAGGUGAGGCGCAGAUGGCUCUCCAGACAACGAAGGUCCUCGUCGAACGCGAGGAGUUUCGAAAGGCUUUAAGCGCAGCUCAGAGUGCUGUUCAACUCUUCAAAGAAGCCGGUGAUGCGGCUGGGGAGCUCUCAGCCUUGCAAGCAGCUGUGGACGCCCACGCAGCGCGAGGCGACCAUGCCAUGGUCCUCGAGUCCUCCAAAGAGGUGUUGGAGAAGUGUCGCUUGUUGCAAGAUCCUGCGUCCGAGGCAACACUACUGCAGCGGGUUUGUGAGGUCUACUUGGAACAAGGCGGCAAGGAGAAUGCCGAGGUCGUCGCACGCACUGCGAAGCAGGCGCACUCGCUUGCAAGAGCCGCUGGGGAUUUGAACGGCGAAACAGCGGCACUGGCUGCAUUGGCUCGCUCUCAUCUUGCUGCUUCACGACCGCAAGAGGCAGUCGAAGUGGCCAAAGAGGCUGUUCGCUGCGCCAGCGAAUCUGGAGAUCGCCGGAGCCACAUCACGGCCCUGCAGGCGUUUGGAACGAUCUCGCUCAAGCUGGGUCACAGCUUCGAUGCCCUGGAGGCUUCCAAGGAAGCAAUAGAGUAUUGUCGCUUUGAGGGCCUAGCGAAUCAAGAAGCAGCAUGUCUAGCAACGCUGGUCGCCGCCCGCCUGGCCAACGCCGAGCCGAGCGAGGCGCUGAGAGCGGCCAAAGAGGCGCACGAUCGUGCCAGGAGGCUUGGCAAUCCUCGUGCAGAAGCUGCAUCGCUCGCAGCUUGCCUUGGUUCACUGUCAGAUCUCGAAGUUCUGCAGCCGUAUGCGCACACUGGUACUCGACUCUGA